UUGCUAAGCCCUGAAUCAGAUCAUGAAACCGGCUCAGGCUCAACAACCCAAGCCCACAGAGAAAGGGUUCAAGAGAAAUUAUACGCCCCUGAAGAGCAUUUUCAAUCAAUCUGUGAAGUAGAAAAUGGCAUAGAAUUUUUAGAAAGAAGGCCGGAUACCCAAAGACAACACCAAAAUAUCACUUCUAUGUCUGUAUGGGAGGCUCUUGUUGUGUCAGCUACUUACGUAAAAUAUAAGUAUACAGGUGGUGAAGCUAAUGAUCCUGCAAGUUAUACAGCCA